AUCUCGCGACACUUCUCGGAUGUUGACAGUUUCGUUUCAUAGAAAACCCUCGCAUGGCAAACAUGCUCAUUUCACCAACUUCUUGAAGGUCUGCGAAGGAAGCAAAUGCAUGCCAAGAGUGAGGUUGCAUAGGAGCCUUACUUUUUUAAAAUGACAGCGCUACCUGGAUUGAGGACUCUUCUAGGUUUCCAUCGAUCACUGACAUUGCAGUGCAGGUCUGUGCUCAUUCCCACAUUUUCUAUACAUGACUGCCCUCCAAGGAAGCUUUGCUGUACUUCUACAAAAAGUGGUGAGCCAAAGCCACCACCCACAGAGAAUGAAUCUCUGCUGGAGAACCUGAAUCUCAUGGGGGUGGAUGUGACAAAGGCCCGCCAACGUCAGCCUGGGGUGUUGCGUAAAGCUUUCACUAAUGAGCAAGGUGUUGCUCAGUUUCUGGAGGGCAAAGGAGCGAGCCGCAAAAUAAUCGCUGGAAUCAUAUCUCGAUAUCCCCGCGCCAUCACCCGCUCCAUUGAACACUUGGAACAGCGCUGGGGGCUGUGGAAAAACAUCUUUAAGACUGAUGCAGAAAUGGUGAGCAUCCUGGACCGCUCACCUGAGUCUUUCUUCCGCUCCAGUGAUAACGGGAACUUGGAGAAGAACAUAGCUUUUCUCAUCUCACUGGGACUGAACUCCAAGGACCUUCAUCGGCUUCUGGCAACAGCACCGCGAACAUUCUCCAACAGUUUAGAGCUGAACAAGCAGAUGGUAGAGUUUUUGGAAGACAUAUGCACUGAACUUGGUGGGACAAAUCCAGAGCAGUUUGCUAAAAACAUCAUAUCCAGAAACCUUUAUAUUCUCAUACGAAGCACUAAGAGAGUCAAGACAAACAUAAACACCCUGAAAACAUCCCUGAAGUGGAGUGAUGAAGAAAUGCUUGCUCUUCUUCAAGGCCGCGGUGCAGACCUUCUGGACCUCUCCAAUGAAUACAUGAAAAAGAAUUUAAACAGUCUCAAGCAGAAGUUGUUUUCACUCGGCUGUCGGAAAGCUGACUUGGAAAAACUGAUCGUCAACUAUCCCAUGAUCCUUUACAUUGGAUCAGACACACUCAGCUCUAAGCUUGACUGUCUCUUAAAAGAAGGAAUAAAAAUGCAGCAGAUUCUGGAAACGCCAAAGGUUUUGGACUACAGCACACAGAACAUUACAGGGCGACUGGAGGAGCUGAAAAAAGUGGGAUACGACUUCAAGAAGUAUGGCAUCAACGUCCUGGACUCGAGCAAAAAGCGCUUUGAUGCAAAGUUAGAAAGACUCGCAGCCUCACUAGCUAAAUGAUUGUAAUAGUCUGAUUUAAAUGUUACAAAAUGCUGGAUGUUGAAUUAACUUGGCUUUGGGAUAAACAUUAAUUUUGUCCUAAGAAUUUUUUGCUCAUGUAGUUUUAGAUAACUUUCUGGUCAAUAGUUAUGUCCCAAUCUGCUGAAUAAUUUCACUGAUGAGUUAUUACAUCUCCAAAGUGUCAGGCAAUUGAAGAAUAACAAUUUCCCAAACACCUUAUAGAUACCUAUUCAAAUUGUAUGCUGAAACCAGUGAUCCAAAAACCCAAAAGUAUUCAAUUAAUUCUCACAAAAUCCCAGCCAAUGCUUCAUAUUAGAAGCUGGAAAAAGGAAACAUUUGGUAUUAAUGUUAAACAAUGGUUAAAUGUUUUACCUUAAGACAGACUAUCAAAUUUGCUGUCCAUUUAAAUUAUCUUUUGUACCACUGAAACUUACUGCAGGGUUCUCUAUGCUGUUUUAGACAUACAAUAUAUAUCUCACAAGCAUGUUUUCCUGUUCAAAGACAUCCCUUUUGGAGUCCAUGUGGUCAUUUGUCAAAUAAAAGUUGUUGGAAUAAAGGACUUAUACAUGGA